AUGCUGGAGCUGCUCGUAGCGCUGCUGGCCCUGGCCCUCGUCUACUUCGCGUUGCUGGACGGCUGGUACCUCGUGCGCGUGCCGUGCGCCGUGCUGCGCGCGCGCCUCCUGCAGCCGCGCGUCCGCGACCUGCUGGCUGAGCAGAGCUAUGCGGGCCGCGUGCUGCCUUCGGACUUGGACCUGCUGCUGCACAUGAACAACGCGCGCUACCUGCGCGAGGCCGACGUGGCACGCAUCGCGCACCUGGCCCGCUGUGGUGUGCUCGAGGGGCUGCGCGCGCUCGGGGCGCGCGCCGUGCUGGCCGCUUCCUGCGCGCGCUACCGCCGCUCGCUGCGUCUGUUCGAGCCGUUCGAGGUGCGCACGCGCCUACUGGGCUGGGACGACCGCGCCUUCUACAUGGAGGCGCGCUUCAUCAGCCUGCGCGACGGCUUCGUGUGCGCGCUGCUGCGCUCGCGCCAGCAUGUGCUGGGCACCUCGCCAGAGCGAGUCGUUCAGCACCUGUGCAAGCGCAGGGUGGAGCCCCCGGAGCUGCCAGCUGACCUGCAGCACUGGAUUGCCUACAAUGAGGCCAGCAGCCAGCUGAUUCGGGCCGAGAGUGGGCUCCACGACGUUCUCAAGGAGCAGUGACUGCCACAGCCUCCCUGCCCUGCCCACCAGCCUUAACCUGGAGGCAGCAUGGGCCGGCUGGACUGGGCCCUGUUUGAAGUGGAGUGGCCUUGCGACCCGCCCAGCCCCCUCACAUGCUCAAGGCCCUCCCCCGUCCCCAUUAUUUAUGCCCCUCCGUACCCCAUCCCACGCCGAGCACGGGGUGGGGGUGACGCAGGCACCCAGCCAGCUCUGCCCUCGGGGUGAUAACGAUGGGCAAACUGGGGCCCAGGGCCCUUGGUAUGCAGGC